UGGUCGAAGGCUGUACCUGCAGGGAUUUUCCUAUUCGGCAACGUAGACGUGGCAGUGACGUCAAUGCCGGAAAUCACCCGGAUCGAAACUUUAACUCUAGGAUUGGUUAGUUUUCACCAGGGACACAGGGCUGUUGAAAAUGAACUAAUACCCAUUCAAACAUGUUUGUCCAUAUGUCUGUGAAGGACACCCCACCGUGGUUCUGAGUUUGAUAGUCCAUUCGUCCACUGCACAGAAGAACCGAGCUGUCCCUGGUACUUUCUGGUCUUCAGCGGACUGGUGACGCUCUACCAGCGGCAAGAUGACGUGUCGUGACCGGACCCUCGAGUUCCAGUCAGCCUGUAAAUCUCUUCAAGGCAGACAGAAUGGAGUCCAACCCAGCAAACCUACUCUCAACGCUCUUAGGCAGCGCAGUGACUUUACAGUUAUGGCCAAGCGAAUUGGAAAAGACCUGAGCAAUACAUUUGCCAAACUGGAAAAGCUCACUAUUUUGGCAAAAAGAAAAUCUCUUUUUGAUGACAAGGCAGUGGAGAUCGAGGAGCUAACGUACAUCAUAAAACAAGAUAUCAACAGUCUAAACAAACAGAUAGCACAGCUGCAGGAUUUAGUGAGGUCCCGUGGAGCUCCUGGUGGCCGACAUAUUCAAACCCACUCUAACACUAUAGUUGUAUCUUUACAGUCCAAACUUGCUUCAAUGUCCAACGACUUCAAAUCAGUCCUAGAAGUCAGAACAGAGAACCUGAAGCAACAACGUAGCAGAAGAGAGCAGUUCUCCCAGCCUCCUGCCUCAUCUUCUCCUCUGAUGGCCAAUAACUUCAGAAGCCGCAAAAAAGGGCCCCAGGAGCCGCAUGCAGCUCGUGAGCCGCGCAAUGACUACCAGGGCUAUACAACCUCAGAGAGCUCGGUCCUAAUGCAGGAUGAGUCCCGAAGUCUAGGGGAUGUAGCCAUCGAUAUGGAUUCUCAGACCAAUCCCUUGCAACUUCAACUUAUUGAUGAGCAGGACUCGUACAUCCAGAGUCGAGCAGACACCAUGCAGAACAUUGAGAGCACCAUCGUGGAAUUGGGCUCGAUAUUUCAGCAGCUGGCACAUAUGGUCAAGGAACAAGAGGAGACGAUUCAGAGGAUUGACGCUAAUGUGGAGGACACACAGUUAAACGUGGAGGCAGCUCAUUCAGAGAUCCUCAAAUAUUUCCAGUCAGUCUCUUCCAACCGCUGGCUGAUGAUAAAGAUUUUUCUCGUCCUCGUCAUCUUCUUCAUUGUUUUCGUCGUCUUCUUUGCCUAAAAGGAAGGCGGGUGAGGGUAGGCAAAUGCACAUUAAGCCAGUGGUAGAAAACUACAUCUGGAUGAAGGCAACAUGUCUGGACGACAUGUUUAAGGGACUAACUUGUCUGCUACAGAAACGGUUUGAUGGAGACUGGGAUCCACACAGACGAAUAAAGACUGCUCAUUUAUUCCCAAUCCACUGACCGUGUAUCUUAAUUGAACAAUUCAGUGAAGAUGGGGAACUCUUCACUUAGAGAACUUCACUUCAAAUAAAAAGAUAAAUUAUCAAAGAUUCCCUACUUUGUAUAGAGAGCAGAACACUGCUCUAUGUUGUACUUUGACCUACUAUUCAUAAACAUUUAAUCAGAAUGACUAUAAUUUAAUGGUUUGAUUCUGCAAACUGUCUUUUAAUUUUAACUUUAUUUUUUGUAGUUCAUCUUUUUCCACUCCUGUUUCAAAGCCAAACAGCUGAAUUGAAGUUUAUCCUCAGAUUAUUUCACUUAGUGUACUCGCUUGUAUUGAAGACACUUGCACACACUUAUUUGCUUUUCACCACACGUUUAGGAUGUGUAUUGUUUUAUCCAUUUACAUUCUGUUUCGCUUUCAAAGCUUAUUUGCCAAAUGGGUACCUUUUGUGAAACUGUGAUACCAUGUUUUUUUUUUUUUUUUUCUAAAGGCAGUUACAUUCAUCUGAAAAGAAAUCCUGCAAUUCAGGCACAAGCUGUAUGAAAUGUUCUGUUGUUACCAACACUGUUUUAAAUGGAAGCAUUUGCAGCCAUCAGAAAGUUUGACUAGUUGGAAAGUGUAAACUGUGUACAUUCAAGGCUUCAGGGAGAGUAACUGGAUCCAUGUGUGAUGUCAGUGCUUAUGAAGGGGUAUCGCUGUUGUGAGAUCUCACUGACUCCAUCAGCCAGACACCCUGGAAGUGUCUGAUUGGCUGUUAAAGUUGUUAAUCUAAUAUACAGGAGGUUAUUUAAAUGACCACAAGUUUUUAAGAGGAAACAUUCUCCUUAUUUUUUCCCUGUCUGUCCUUUUUAGCCAAAUGCCUUGACUUCAGUGUAUAAAGUGCAAAUAGUUAUAAGGAUGUACUGAUAAGAGAACUUGCAUAUUAAUAAAAAAUUAAUGGGAUACUGGCA